GAAGACUGAACAAAACUUAAAAGAGUCUUUCUGCACAAGACUCCACUCCUGGCUCUGCCCAAGCGCCCUUCAUUGCAGCACAGUGACUGAAAGGGAGUCUAGUUUUCUUGCCUCUUAUUUUUGAUGCAGUGACUUGUCCUGUGCCUGCUGAAGAGAGCUUCUGGCCAUCUUCUUAUCCACUGCCAUGUCACUGGCUGAGAAACCUGAGCAGAGGGGGCUGUGGGUGAUUCUGUGGGUUUCUGUGAACAUUGCUUUGCAUGCUGGGCUCAGUGUCUGUGGAGUCCAUGGAGCAGCUGUGAGCCUUGGAGUCGAUUCAGAGGCAGAGAGCACUCACUGGGCUAAGAAGAAAGGCAGAGAAGGAAAGGAGCAACAUGAGAACCUUGCUGAGCAGCCAAAACCAUUCAGAGCCACCAGUUUACAACCCAGACAGUGUGACAUCCCUCCGAACAGCCGCUUUGAUUGUGCCCCAGAGAAGAUGCUUUCUCAAGAAGAAUGUGAGGCUCGGGGCUGCUGUUACAUUCCUGUUUCGUCCAAGGGCUCAGAUCUUUGGCAGCCAUGGUGUUUCUUCCCUCCCAGCUAUCCUAGUUACAAGAUGGUGAAUCUGACUACCACCAAAACUGGCUAUACUGCUCACUUGACCCGGGAUAAGCCCACGUUCAUGCCAGAUGACAUAAUGAACUUGGAGUUGGAUGUGCUCUUUGAGACACAAAGCAGGCUUCACUUCACACUCAGGGAUCCAGCUAAUAAGCGGUAUGAGGUUCCUUUAGAAACUCCCCAAUCAAGCAACAAGGCAUCCUCCACACUGUACUCAAUACACUUCUCUGCUGACCCCUUUGGCCUUGUUAUUCUUCGGACAUCCAGUGGGCAUGUACUGCUCAAUACCACAGUGGCCCCACUAUUCUAUGCAGACCAGUUCCUGCAGUUGUCAACUUCCUUGCCCUCAAGUUUCAUCUCUGGAUUGGGUGAGCACUUGACUUCACUCAUCCUCAAUGUCAACUGGACCAAGAUUACCAUGUGGAAUCGAGACAUGUCACCCAUGCCUUUUUCCAAUUUGUAUGGUUCACACCCCUUCUAUCUAGCACUGGAAGAGGAUGGCUUAGCCCAUGGCGUGUUCUUGCUAAACAGCAAUGCCAUGGAUGUGAUACUACAGCCCAGUCCAGCCCUGACAUGGAGAACAACUGGAGGUAUCCUGGACUUCUAUGUCUUCCUGGGCCCAGACCCAAAGAGUGUGGUGCGCCAGUAUAUGGAUGUCAUUGGAUAUCCAUUCAUGCCCCCAUACUGGGCCCUAGGAUUCCAUCUCUGCCGCUGGGGAUACACUUCCACUGCUGUAACCCGGGAAGUGGUAAAGAACAUGACAGCAGCACAGUUCCCUCUAGAUGUGCAGUGGAAUGACCUGGAUUAUGCAGAUGCCAAAAGAGAUUUUACCUUCAACAAAGAUGGUUUCUGGGAUAUGCCAGAAAUGGUGAAAGAUUUCCAUCGUGAGGGGCGGAGGUAUGUUAUGAUUGUGGAUGCUGGUAUCAGCAGUUCCAGUCCUGCUGGCACUUACAAACCCUUUGAUGAAGGCCUGAAGCGUGGAGUUUUCAUCUUAAAUGCAACUGGACAGCCUUUGAUUGGGAAGGUUUGGCCCGGUCCUACCGCCUUCCCUGACUUCACCAGUCCAGAGACACAUCAGUGGUGGCAUGAUAUGGUCAAGGAUUUCCACGAGCAAGUUCCUUUUGAUGGCAUGUGGAUUGAUAUGAAUGAGCCAUCAAAUUUUGUGGAAGGCUCUGUGGAGGGCUGUCCAGACAACAAACUUGAGGCCCCACCUUAUGUUCCAGGUGUGAUAGGUGGAUCCUUGAGGACACGAACUCUCUGUGCCUCCAGUAAGCAGCAUCUGUCUUCCCAUUACAACCUGCAUAGUCUUUACGGGCUGACAGAAGCCAUUGCGUCCCAUGAUGCAUUGGUGAAAGUGCGAGGGAAGCGUCCAUUUGUGAUCUCACGUUCCACCUUUGCCAGCCACGGUCGAUAUGCUGGCCAUUGGACUGGGGAUGUUUUGAGUACCUGGGAGCAGUUAUACUACACAAUACCAGCGGUGCUGCUUUUUAACCUUUAUGGUGUGCCAUUGGUUGGUGCGGAUAUCUGCGGUUUUGUUGGUGACACCUCAGAGGAACUUUGCGUGCGUUGGACCCAGCUGGGUGCCUUCUACCCCUUUAUGCGAAAUCACAAUGACCAUAGAAACCUGCCUCAGGAACCAUAUGUCUUCAGCCAAAGGGCCCAGCAGGCCAUGAGAAAAGCCCUCUUUCUGCGCUACUCUCUCCUGCCUUACCUCUACACUCUCUUCCAUAAAGCCCACUCUGCAGGAGAGACUGUGGCUCGGCCCCUCUAUUUGGAAUUCCCAGAAGAUCCAAAUACGUGGAAUGUUGAUCGGCAGUUCAUGUGGGGAUCAGGACUUCUCAUCACACCUGUAUUAGAGGCAGGAAAGACUGAAGUCAGUGGCUAUUUCCCAUUGGGCACAUGGUACAACCCUCUGACUGGGUCCAUCAUAAACAGCAAGGGACAGUGGAUUCUCAUAUCAGCUCCCCUUGACACUAUCAAUAUCCAUGUACGUGCAGGCCACAUCCUACCUUUGCAGAAACCUGCAUUCACAACCACAAAGUCUCGUAAAAAUGGGAUGAGCUUGGUGGUGGCUUUGACACCAGAAGGAGUAGCCCGAGGUGACCUGUUCUGGGAUGAUGGUGAAGGUCUAUUUACCUUUGAAAAGGGUGAUUACACGCAGAUCUUCUUUCUAUCAAGAAAUGGUAUGCUGGUGAAUGAGAUUGUGCGACUCAACGGCCAGGUGGAUGGGCUGCUGCUGAAAGAUGUGAUGGUUUUUGGUGUCCCCAGUCCUCCUCAUCAGGUUCUGGCAAAUGAUAUCCCCAUCUCAGAUUUCUCCUACCACACAGACACCAAGAUCCUUAACAUCCCACUCUCUCUGCUAAUGGGAGAGCAAUUUGUCAUCACGUGGUCUUGAGCAAAAGAAAGAAAGUUCAUUCGUUUCACUGGACUAAUUUACUGAAGAAUUAAUAAUAACAUGUGAUAAAAUGCACAAGGCAGUGCCCAACAUCAGAAAUGUUUUGUUGAUGCAUCUAAAAGCGUCUUUAAGAACAGAACUGCUUCCUCUUUCCUGUGGCAUAUUAUAAAAGAGCAGCUGAAGUCUUCAGGGAUCUCCUUUACUCUUCAUUUGAACUAGUUAUUGGACAAUUUUUGUUUUAGUCGAAUGCUGCUGAAUUUCAAGACAUAUUUGUCAAAUGCCUCGUACAACUGCAGUGUUCAUUGUUUUGUUUUUCAAAAGAAUUCCCAUUAACUAGGAUAUUGCUUGCUGCUUUAUUGUGCCGCUGCUUCCCUUAUUGUUAUUAUUCCCUUAAAGGUAAAGUGUUGCCCUUUGACAAGGUUGUCUAGUCGUGACCAGCUAUAGGGGGCAGUGCUCAUCUGUUACUUAGCUGAAGAGUCAGUGUUGUCAAAGGUGACUCUGUGAUCAUGUGGCCAGCAUGACUGCACAGAAUGCUGUUACUUUUCCCCCAAAGUGGUACCUUUUUAUUUACCCGUACUUUUACAUGCUUUUGGACUGCUGGGUUGGCAGAAGCUGGGUCUAGUGACAGGAGCUCACUUCGUCACACGGCACUUGGGCCCCAAACUGCUGACCUGCUGAUCUUGCAAUUACUUAACCACUGAGCCAGCGUGUCCCUUAUUAUUCCCUUAUUCCCAUAUUGGUAUAUGGAAACUUGAUCUCAAGCAGGUAUAGAAACCAUAUUGACAGCUGCUGCUUCCCUUGGAAUUAAAUGGUAAUCUCCACUGGCUGCAAUAUUCCAAGACCAAGCUGCAGAAGUACUAAGGGGCACAGCAGGGAAGGUUUCCUGGCCUUGGAGGCAGAAUCUCUGCAAGGCAUUCCAAACCACAUUUUUGCUUUCUACACCAUCACUUGCUGAGCAUUGGUGGAGCCCAGCCAAAAGUAUGCUGCUGAUACAGCUAGCAGAGCUAGCCUUUCUACAUGCAUGGAACAAGAAUUUUCAGUGCCAACCAUAUUAUCGCACCAGAAUGGAGCUAAUUGGUGUGGCUUUACAUUGGAAAGAUAUAGAAACAAGUUAUCUGUUUGAAAGAACAACUCAUAUUCAGAACCUAAAGCUUUUCCUAUUUGAGACCAGUACAAAGAUGAAUUCAAGUGAAAAGGGCACUCAGGGAGGAGAGGGGAUUUCUUUGCCUCUUUUGAAAUACGCUGAAGCUUAUAAUGCAUACCAAUUUAACUAGGGGUGUGUGUGUGUGUUUUAUGAUUCCAAUAAAUAUUUGUUUUCUUAA